AGCAAUGCGUGUGGUGAUUCAGCGGGUCAGUCGAGGUACCGAUAUAUAACAGGAAGGAGCACUCCAGGCGAAGGGAUGCACAUGCUUUGGGUGUGUUUCUGCAUUCAGCGUCAGUGUCUGUGGACAACAAAGUGGUCAGCCAGAUCUCCAGCGGCCUCGUCCUGCUCCUCGGCAUAUCAGCCACCGACACAAGGUCCGCACAGAACCAACCAACGUGGCGAAUGAGUCAUGAGAGCGCCAAGAUAGAUAUGCACGUCGAUGCAAUGCGCCCUUCUGUGUGUCAUGUGUGCAGGACAGAGGGCGAUUCCCUCGUCAAGAAGUGCCUCAGGGCACGGCUGUGGCCUGGUGCGCAAGAACACACGACGGCCACAACUCGACUCAUGCACAGAUCUUGAUCUGUUGUGUGUCAACCAGAUGCGUCCAAUCCCCAGAGGAGUUGGGCUUCUUCAGUGCUGGAUAACGACUAUGAGGUGCUCGUCAUAUCGCAAUUCACGCUUUACGGGUAACGCAGCGCACGCCGCAGCGACGUGUGACAAAUCCAGGCGCCGUUCUCACUCUGUGUCUGCGCUGCGUGCAGCACGAUGAAGAAGGGCAACAAGCCCGACUUCCACCUGGCCAUGGGCGGCGAUGCGGCAAAGGAGCUCUACGCGGAGAUUGUCGAAUUGUUCCGCCAGCAGCACAAGCCAGAGCGGAUCAAAGAUGGGGUGUUCGGGGCCAUGAUGGAAGGUACACAAACACCACACCCAUCCCAUCGCACCUUACGGAACAGAAAGCGGCCCGUCUGCCCUCCGUGUCGUGUGUCAGUUGACCUGGUAAACGAUGGUCCUGUGACGAUAAUCCACGACACCAAUACCAACAAUAACAACGGUGACAGCAGCAAGGAGGCGUCGUCAUCGGGAGCAUCGCAGCCGCAGCAGACCAUCAGCAGCAAGAGGGACCUGAGGGGCGGGGACAGGAGGGCCGCGGAAGAGCCGUCGCCUGCGGACAAAGAGAAGAGGACAGGAGGGGAGGAGUGCGGUGGUAGUGGCGGUGAGGCGAUGGCCCCAUCUGAUGGAGAGGCGAGGGGAGCCUGACGAUGACAUGAGUCAGCACGACCGCGGCGUGAGAACGUGUACAGACGUGGGAUUUGAGUUGCAUGCGGUCCGUUUGGCCCUCUGACGGCUUCCUCGUGGCGCGUCGGUCGUCAAGCUGAGAUGCCAAAUGACUAGUACUGCAGUGGUCGAUGACAUUCGGCGCCUCCACUGGAUGUGGGCGUUAUUACUUGGUUACUUGAGCCACCAGGCCAAAUCGACGGAGAUGAGUUGACUGCCGACGAGUGCGAAGCGAGCUGAUGUGGCCACCCGGGGUGUACAGACAUGCGGGUGCGUAGAGACCGACAACUCUGUGUCUUGAUGGGCUAGCUCGCUGGCGACGCAUUCUGACGUGAUUUUGACAAUUGGAUUUUGAAUGCCCAUGAGUACGCG